AUGAGAUUGGUUAUUCUUUUCUUCAAACAGAUCGAAGCAGAACGUGACGAGCUCUACGAAAAGUUUGUCUCAUCGAUUCAUCAAGUGCAGGCGAAGACGGGACUAAAGAAUCUUCUUCUGGAGCGCCGUCUUAUUGCGAUGACCGAGUCGAUGGAGAAAAAGGAGGUCCAACUGUCCGAAGUGCUUUCUGCUAGCAACUUGGAUCCUGGGGCAAUGGCUAUUGUAACAAGGAAAGUUGAGGUAAUCACCGAGCUUCUCAUAAACGAGUCAGUUUAUUCAGAUCAAUCGGCCAACCAACUAUUUGAGGGAUUGGCUACCCAAUAG